AUGGAGCAGAAGACGAAGAUUGGAGGCUUCAAAUAUCUGAAACUGAAAGCACUCGCCACACUUUUGCGAUAUUGUAUGGCACCCAUUCUCUCCCGACAAACUCUGCAGGAUAUCCCGAAGCCGCAAGACGAACGAAGGCAGCAGAUCCAGAUUCCAUCACGCGAUCCUGAUCGUCAUAUUGAAGGCUUUCUGUAUAUGCCUUCACAAUACCCUGAAAUACCAUUUGAUAAAUUAUCAAAAGUCCCUCUUCUUAUCAACUGGCAUUCAAGUGGAUUCGUGGUACCUUCUCUUGGAACAGACAGGGCAUUUUUCACCUUCAUUUCUCACUCAACGAAUAUUUUUAUACUCGAUGUGGACUAUCGCAAAGCACCAGAGAAUCCGUUUCCUGCAGCAUACCAUGACAUGGAGGAUGUCAUGUCGUGGUUAGCUCUCAACCACGAGCGUUUUCAUAUUGGGCGCCUGAUGGUCUCGGGCUUCAGUGCAGGGGGAAAUCUAGCACUCGAAGCGGCGGCACUGGUUGGCAUGGCCAACGCCCAAAAAAAGACGAAAGGUGACGAUGCAGCCCACGAAACUUCACCGAAACUCUCUGUCCGCGCUGUGGUAGCAGUAUAUCCAUCGAUAGAUCUAUCUCUUCCUAGCGAAGCAAGGAUCGCACCUUGUCCUGUGGACCCGAUACCGCCUGCGAUGCAGAGCUUUUUCUGGGACUGUUAUGUCCCUGACCGUGGCUCUCGCACUGAUCCUCGAGUUUCUCCUGCGUACAUAGACCCUGAGUUCUUUCCUUCCAACGUAGCUGUCAUCACCUGCGAUGGAGAUAACUUUCACCCCGAAGCAGCCGCCUUCGCUAAGAAAUUGGAUGAUGGAACUCGCAGGGUAAUGCUUUGUACCUUAGAGGGAGUUGGUCAUGGUUUUGACAAAGGCGCACCACAAGGGUCACAUGGACUACAGGCUCGAGAAAAAAUGCAUGACUCCAUUGCAAUGUUUCUUAUCAGUUCACUAGAGACUGAAAGCUAA